AUGGCUGUUCGAUCAUCCUCUACCAAUUUCAUCUCAUCAGAGUCUUCUUCUUCCAGUGACUCCGGCACCAUCCACAACCAAAAGUAUAGAUACGAUGUGUUUCUUAGUUUCAGAGGUCCUGACACCCGCAACUCUUUUGUUGAUCAUCUCUACUCUCAUCUCAGCCGAAAGGGCAUUUUCGUCUUUAAAGAUGACCAGAAGCUCCACAAAGGAGAAUCCAUUUCAUCACAGCUUCUACAAGCAAUUAAAGAUUCUCGGGUUUCUAUCAUCGUCUUUUCUCAAAAUUACGCCUCCUCAACAUGGUGUUUGGACGAAAUGGCCGCUGUAGCUGAUUUCCAACAGCAAUCCAACCAAACUGUUUUCCCUGUUUUCUAUGAUGUGGAUCCAUCUGAUGUGAGAUAUCAAAACGGGGUAUACGAAAACUCCUUUGUUUUACACACAGAAAAAUUCAAAGAAGAUCCAGAUAAGGUUGAUAGAUGGAAGAGAGCUAUGAACGGUUUUGCCAAUUCAGCUGGUUGGGAUGUCAGAAACAAGCCAGAAUUUGAAAUAAUUGUAGAAAUUGUUGAAGAGGUAAUAAAAACAAUGGGUCACAAAUUCUCUGGGUUUGUUGAUGACCUUAUUGGGAUACAACCAGGUGUACAAGAAUUAGAAGAUAAAUUAAGAUUAAGGUCAAACAUUGAUGAUGUUCAAGUUUUAGGAAUAUGGGGGAUGAGUGGAAUAGGAAAGACAACGCAUGCUGCUGCCUUGUAUGAUAAAAUCUCUCAUAGGUUUGAUGGUAGUUGUUUCAUUGAGAAUGUGAGUAAACUUCAUAGGGAUGGUGGCCGUACUGCUGUACAUAAACAGAUUAUUAGUCAAACUUUUCCCGGAGAACGUCUUGAUACAGAUGAUCCUGUUAAAAUCUCAGGAAUUGUAAAACAUAGGCUACACAAUAUGAAGGUUCUUGUUGUUCUUGACAGUGUUGUUGAUUCAGAGCUUUUAGAUGAUUUGGCGAUAAAACCUGAAUUGUUUUUCAAAGGAAGUAGAAUGGUUAUUACCACCACAGAUGAGCACAUUCUAAAAGCGUACAAAGCUCCUGUAAUAAUCCACAAGGUUUCAUUAUUGAAUGAUAAUGAUGCUCGUACAUUGUUUUGUACAAAAGCCUUCAAAAGUGAAGAGCAAAGUAGUAGUUGUGCAGAGAUGAUUCCUGAGGUACUCAAAUAUGCCCAAUGUCUUCCAUUGGCAAUUAGAGUAAUGGGUUCUUUCUUGUGUACUCGAGAAGCUUUUGAAUGGAAACAGGUCUUGGAUAGAUUAAAGAAGAGUCCAGAUAAUAAAAUUAUGGGUGUACUUCAAAUAAGUGUUGAUGGACUACAAUACGAGGAAAAAGAAAUAUUUUUACACAUUGCAUGUUUUUUUAAAGGGGAGAGGGAGGAUUAUGUUAAGCGAAUUCUAGACUGUUGUGGAUUAUACUCUCAAAUUGGAAUUAAAAGACUCAUUGAGAAAUCACUCAUCACUAUUAGAGAUCAAGAAAUUCUUAUACAUGACAUGUUACAAGAAUUGGGAAAGAAAAUGGUUCGCGACCAAUCUCCCGAAGAACCAGGAUCACGAAGUAGAAUAUGGCUUCAUAAAGACUUCUUUCACGUUUUGACGACAGAAACGGGAACAGAGCAUGUGAAAGCCAUAGUUCUAGAUAAAAAAGAAGAUAUCUCCGAAUGUAGUGUUGAUGGAUUGUCAAAAAUGAAGAAGCUUACAUUACUCAUAUUAUAUCACAACAACUUUUCAGGAAGCCUCCAUUAUCUUUCUGACAGGCUGAAAUAUCUAUUGUGGCAUGAUUAUCCUUUUGCUUCUCUGCCACCAUAUUUUACAGCCUCAAAUCUUGUGGAAUUGAAUAUGCCUAAUAGUCGCAUAAAACGUUUAUGGGAAGGUCGCAAGAGUUGUCCCUAUUUGAAAAGGAUAGAUUUAAGCAAUUCCAUCUUCCUAACUGAAACUCCGGACUUUUCUGGAAUCGUAAAUCUUGAAAGGCUAGAUCUUUCUGGAUGUACAAAUUUAUUACAAGUUCAUUCAUCAAUGGGAUUUCUAAAAAAUCUAGCUUUCUUGAAUUUGCGAUAUUGUUGCAGUCUUGUUAUGAUCACCUUUCAUUGCGUGACCGACAUGCGUUCUCUGAAAGUUCUACAUCUCUCGGGAUGUAAUAAACUUGAAAGCACCCCAGAUUUUACAAGGACGCCAAAUCUUGAGUACCUUGACAUGGAUGAAUGUACAAGUUUAUCUUCUAUUCAUGAAUCUAUUCGAGUCCUUUCAAAUCUUACAUUCUUCAGUUUAAGAGGCUGCACAGAGCUUGACAGUAUACCAGCUGAAAUUAAUUCUUUAGCAUCUCUUCAAACUCUAGAUUUAUGCGGUUGUUCGAAACUCAAUCCGAAACUUGAUCCCAAUUUAAAUUCACGGGAACUUUGGAUUCGGAGAGGGGCUGCUCGUGAUCUGCCCUUAUCAUCCGAUUUAAAAUCUUUGAUUUUUUUGGACCUAGGCUCUUGCAAUCUAUAUGCAUUACCUGGUGCCAUUGGAGAGUUAAGGUGCUUGGAAAGACUGAAUUUACAGGGAAACAAUUUGACUUCAAUACCUGGCUCAAUCAGGAAGCUUCAUUGUCUAGCAUAUUUAAAUUUGUCUCAUUCUAGUUUGCUUCGAGCUCUUCCUCACCUUCCAAUGGGAGGAGCCACAUCAGGGGGGAAGUAUUUUAAAACAGUAUCUGGAUCUCGUGAUCAUAGGUCAGGCUUAUAUCUUUUUUAUUGUCCCAUGAAGGUUCACACAUCGUUCAAACCUGGGAUUUGGAGUUUGGAGCUUGUCUGGUUUUUCAGACUAAUUCAGGAACCCUAUCAUUUUCGAUGUGGCUUUGACAUUGUUAUUCCUUGGGGUUUGAAAAUUCCACGGUGGUUCAGUGACACAUUUGAAGGGGACUCCAUUAAAAGGAUAGUAAAAUUUAACGUGACCGAAGACUGGUUUGGCUUUGCCUUUUGUGUUAUAUUUGAGCUAAACAAUGAUCCUGGGGUUGCUAGUUCUUCCUCGCAGUCACAUCCGUUUUAUCUUUCUUUUGAAAGUGAAUAUACAGAAGAAUACUUUGAUAUGCCACUUAGUUUGAAUGUGAACCAGACUAAUGAAUCAAAGAAGCAUAUUUGGAUCAUUUAUAUAUCUCGAGAACACUGUCAUUUUGUGAAAACAGGAGCACAUAUCACAUUUAAAGCCGAGCCAUGUGUGAAGAUCUAUGCAUGGGGAAUGAGGAGUAUAUUCAGGCAAGACGUACCUGCCUUUGAAAUGAUGAAACUAGGAAAUCCUUUUCCACUCCAAACCGAUGUACACCGUCCUUACUUUGGUUCUGUGGAAAAGAGCAACACCAACUCUGGUCCUAAAUUCCAGCUUCCUUACAAUUGGUUACUCUCAGAAGAAGACAAAGAUGAGAAAGUUAGUGUAGAAGUCAAAGAAAACAAUUUGUCUCAUGCGGGGCUUUAA